AUGGCACAGGCGAAGGGCUUUGCAGGGCCUGGCCUGCCACUCUCCCUUGCCAGCCCGGCUGCGUCCUGCGCUUCCUCCGCGCCUCCCCACGCGGCACCCUUCUCUCCUGGGGGUGUGCUUGAGAAAGUCCCUCUGUGCGUGCUGAUCCUGACCGCAGGAACUUCUCUGCAACGAGCCCCGGAGAAGCGCAGCCGUCCGCGCCGGCCCGCAGGGAUCCGCGCAGUUUCUCUGCUUGCAAACUUUGCGCAGGAAUUCUUGAGCUACUUGCAGGGAGAAAGGCGCGCCCGGAGCACUGGGUUGGAUCCGUUAAUUUCGGACACAAUCCCCACCCACCCCAAGGAAAACAAGGCCUUCCGGGUACAUCCCCCCACCUCUCUCUCCAGGAAUCCUGCGGGAGCCUCGGCAGGGCUCCAGCAGGCAGGCAGGCAGGCAGGCGGGGAGCGGUUGGGGCGAGUCGCGGGCGCCGGCCGGCCGGCCCCACGCCAGGGCCCGGCUGCUGCUACCGCCGCCGCCGCCGCCGCUGCCGGAGAAGCCGAGGAGACAAAGGCGAGCCGGGCAGGGCUGGAGCGGCGGCGGGGACGGCAGAGGACCCAGGAGGAGCAGCGGGGGGCUGACUCCAGAGGCGAAGGAACCGGCGACCGAGGGGCAGCAGGUUGGGGACAGCCGAAGAGCCACGUUCUGCCGAACUUGAACCCGCGGCCGGCCGGCUGGGACGCCGGAUGGUUGAAACUUCAUCAGAGGAAGGGGACUGGUGGACUGAGGCCUCAGACAUCAAGACAUCAGCACCAGUUGGUAAGAGAGCUUCAUUCUCCGAUGACGUGACUGCCCAGGAGUCCUGCCGCCGCAUCCUCCUGCAGAGCAGCCCCCUGUGAGACUAUGAGGACUUAACGCAAACUGCAGUUUAUUUUGUUUUCAUAUAAGUUGGCUACCUUUCUAAUUAAAUCCUCCAAUUCUGAGUGCAAAAAUCUAACAUCUUUGCAAAUAAAGUUCACUUUCCAUUAUUAAUGA